UCAUCCGACAGCGCGAUGCCGACUAAACCUGCUCCCAUCAAGAAGUCUCCAGCCAAGCAGGCUGCGGAGAAAGCAAAGCCUGAACCUGCCCCGCCUGCAGAGGCGCCACCUGCAGAAGCCCCACCUGUAGAAGCCCCACCUGCAGAAGCCCCACCUGUAGAGGCUCCACCUGCAGAGGCUCCUGCAGAGGCUCCACCUGCAGACGCCCCUCCUGCAGAGGCUCCGGCCGAAGCGGCUCCUGCAGAGGACGCAACCCCGGCUGCAGAGGAAAACCCUCCAGUGCCCACCAGUGCUCCUCUGGAGGUGUCUGUGGAGGAUGUGAAUGACUCCAGUCUCACCAUCAAGUGGAAAACACCAGAGACCAUCGGAGACUCCGGCUUGGAUGGAUACACUGUUGAGUACUGCAAGGAUGGAACAUCGGACUGGGUUACAGCUAACGAGGAGCUGACUCCAACUAACCGCUUCUGCAUCAAGAACCUGACAGCCGGCGACCUGCUGCGUGUGCGCGUGGUGGCCGUAAACCCCGGCGGCCGCAGCGAUCCCGGGGUUCUGGCUGCGCCCGUGCCCGUCCGGGAGGUCGGGGAUCGUCCCAAGAUCCGCCUGCCCCGCUCGCUCAGGUCCCGCUUCGUGAAGCAGGUCGGAGAGCAGGUCAACCUGGUCAUCCCGUUUCUGGGGAAGCCCAAACCGGCGGUGUCCUGGCUGAAGGACGGUCAGCCUUUGGACACCAAGAGGGUGAACAUCAGGAACAGUGACAAGGACAGCAUCUUAUUCAUCCGCACCGCUCAGAGGGAGGACUCCGGCGUCUAUGAGAUGUCUGUGAAAGUGGACAGCCUGGAAGAUAAAGCCACGAUCACCCUCCAGAUUGUGGAGCUGCCCGGACCGCCGACCAGCAUGAAGCUGGUGGACUCCUGGGGCUUCAACGCUGCUCUGGAGUGGACUCCUCCCAAGGACAACGGCAACUCGGACAUCACCGGAUACACCGUGCAGAAAGCCGACAGGAAGACCGGGGAGUGGUUCACAGUGUUGGAGCAUUACCACAGACUAACUGCCACCAUCUCAGACCUCAUCAUGGGCAACUCGUAUUCCUUCAGGGUGUUCGCCGAGAACCAGGUGGGCAGGGGCGAGCUGAGCGCCGUGACCAAGGAGGUGGCCAACGUCCAGAAAACAGGUAUCGUCUACAAGCCUCCGGAGUAUCCAGAGCACGACUUCAGUGAGGCUCCCAAGUUCACCACGCCUCUGAGCGACCGCGCCGCCACGGUGGGAUACACCACCAAGCUGCUGUGCUCCGUUCGCGGAUGUCCCAAGCCGAAGAUCGAGUGGCUGAAGAACCAGAUGGUCAUCGGCGACGAUCCCAAGUUCCGCCAGAUCUCCAAUCAGGGCAUCUGCUCCCUGGAGAUUCGGAAGCCUUGCAGCUUCGAUGGCGGCGUGUACACCUGCAGAGCCAAGAACGAGCAGGGCGAAGCCGCCGUCUCCUGCAAGCUGGAGGUCAAACAGGUCAUUCAUCCAGAUGCUGAAAAGGGAAAAUAAACCUCCAGAGUGAGCCAAAGUUGUGCAUCCGUCUGUACAGUGAAGAGAGAAGCAACAUCUCCGUAUCCAUUUCCACCUGCACGUCCUGACUCUCCUGGAGCGCAGGGGGAGACGCACCGUCCUCAGUUUGAUAAAUGUUGUUUAUUUAAAAUUAGUGGCAUGUAUGUAAGACUGUAUCGAUCAUGUUUUGUCUGCCUGUCACCUCUUUGUUACGA